AUGGACCACUAUCCGGAGGUCAAGCGACCAUUUCUUGACACAAGAGCUUUAUCUUCCCCGCUUGAUCACGAGUCAGAGAGUGAGUCCAGCGAGGUUUCCGGCUCAGAUACACCCUCUCCAUCGGUCAGACCUUCUGCCAGAUCCCCUUUGUCCACUCCUCUGCACGAGGAGAAUGGGAGCUCGGAAAGGACCUCAGGUGUUGAACCCGAGAGUAGUAAGGGGUGGUAUGAAUUUGACCUGUCGGUCAUACUUGCGUUGGUUUCGCCCAUCGGAAACUGGCUGACAGGAGGAGAUCACGUCAAGAAUAUCCUUCUCAUUCUUCUCUUGAUAUUCUAUUUGCACCAAAUUAUCGAGGUACCGUGGAGUCUCUAUCAUCUCUCAAGACCCAAACGUCGUUCCCCUGAUGUACUAUCCCGUCAAACGUCUGAUCAGAAUCCCUAUCAUGAAAUUGCUUCGUCAGAGUUACGCAAACUCGAAAUUUUCUAUCUGUUCCUCACUAUCUUAUCGCCGUUGCUCGGAGUUGCAAUCCUUCGUGUCGUCGUCCUAUCUGUGGCUGGUCCGGAGACUAUAUCAUGGUUCAGUACCUCCCUCUUUAUCCUCGCCACCGGUAUGCGACCUUGGAAACACGCGGUAGAGCGACUCCGUCAACGCACAAAAGAUUUGCAUACUGUUAUUCAUUACCCCCCGGCCAGCUCACCAGAUACGCAAUCGCAAAUCGAAGCUCUGACUGCGCGCGUCGCCGAAUUAGAGACUCAACUAAAAGAAUGCAACGACACUGUGAAAGCCCUCACCGAAGACGUUUUCGAUCAUGUGGAAGGAGCUGUCGAAGGGUUAGAGAAAUCCAUGCGGAAGCAGGAGAGGAAGAAUGAUGUUUUCUACUCGGCGCAAGAAUCGAGACUUGCAGCGUUGGAACAGAACAUGGAAGCGUUGCUGGAAAGGAGAGAAAUUUCAGUGCACGGUUCGACUCUAUUCCAUAAUCUUGCUUCUGCAUUCCAUGCAACUUUGGCUGAACCACUCGCACUCGUCUUUCCAGAGUGGGCACGCAGCUCUCGCCGAGAUAAACACCCACCAUCUCCUCGCUCUUCCCCAAAAAUCGGUCGUUCUCGUACUCCCACCAAGCUUGAGACAAUACCAGAAGGCGCCACUUUUACACCUAAGAGGGCUCGAUACCGCUUUCCCUCCCUCCGUAUUCCGGGUUUAAAAUUCGUUUUGCGCGUCGGCGAUCUUGCAACCUUACCCGUCCGCCGGGUAGUGGCUUAUCUUCUCAUGGGCCGCAUCUAUGCGCCCAAUGCGCCCACUUCCUCUCAUUGA